CAAGAGCUUUACCUUGUUUAAAAUUUCUGUUUCAAGCUCCGCGUCUGUGAACCGAUUCUCCAUUCUCCAAGCAACCAUGGUUCUCGAGGCGACUAUGAUUUGCAUCGACAAUUCAGAGUGGAUGCGAAACGGUGAUUUUUCUCCUUCUCGAUUCCAAGCCCAAACCGAUGCUGUUAAUCUCAUUUGUGGUGCCAAAACCCAGUCAAAUCCGGAGAAUACUGUGGGAAUUUUGACAAUGGCGGGAAAAGGGGUUCGCGUAUUGGCCACUCCCACUAGUGAUCUCGGCAAGAUUUUGGCUUGCAUGCAUGGUCUUGAGGUGGGUGGGGAGAUGAACAUAGCUGCUGGAAUCCAGAUAGCUCAGUUGGCCCUUAAACAUCGCCAAAACAAAAAUCAGCAACAAAGGAUUAUAGUUUUUGCUGGAAGUCCUGUUAAGUAUGACAAGAAGGUACUGGAGAUGAUUGGGAAGAAACUAAAAAAGAAUAGUGUUGCUCUUGAUAUUGUUGAUUUUGGUGAAGAAGAUGAAGGGAAGCCAGAGAAGUUGGAGGCCCUCCUUUCUGCUGUUAAUAAUAAUGAAACGAGUCAUAUAGUUCACGUUUCUCCCGGUGCAAAUGCUCUCUCAGAUGUGCUUAUUAGUACACCUGUAUUCACUGGGGAUGGAGAUGGAGGAAGUGGCUUUGCAGCAGCUGCCGCUGCAGUAGCUGGUGGUGCUUCUGGUUUUGAAUUCGGUGUAGAUCCCAAUCUAGAACCUGAGCUGGCUCUGGCCCUCAGAGUUUCUAUGGAAGAAGAAAGGGCAAGGCAAGAGGCUGCUGCAAAAAGGGCUGCUGCAAAAAGGGCUGCUGAUGAAGCUGCAAGGCAAGAAAAAGGAGAGGAAUCAUCAUCCAAAGCAGAAGAUGAAACUAUGGAAGAUCAAGUCAAUGCUCCAGUUCCUGAAGAGAAUAAGAAAACUACUGAUGACAUGGCCCUUGCAAUGGCAAUGGGCAUUUCUGGAUCUGGUCAUGUAAUAAAUGAUGCUGAGAUGGUAGACGCAACUGGUGAGGAUCCGGAUUUGGCCUUGGCUCUUCAAAUGUCCAUGCAAGAAGGUACUCAGUCAGAAACCAGCAAAGUUUUGGAGGAUCAAUCCUUUGUCUCAUCUAUCCUUGCAAAUCUUCCUGGGGUUGACCCGAAUGAUCCAGCAGUCAAAGAUCUUCUUGCAUCUAUGCAAAAUCAAUCCGAGUCUCAGCAAAAGAAGGAAGAUGAGCCCCCAAAUGAGAACAAGUGAAGCCUUUAAUAUUUCUUCUGCAAAUACUUUUAAGAAUGCUUUUUCAUCUCUUGGGAGGAUGCUUCAAGGCCAGAUUCAUACACAAUUAUUAUGUCAUCCACUGUGUGGAAUUUGCAUGGACUGUACCUAAUGAUAUUGUAGUGACUAUUAUAAAAUGAGAUGGAUUGUACCAAAUGAUUGCGUACUUGAUGAAAAGGAAAAGAAAAACAGGUAUUUGAUUC